GGGUCGGGCCUGCGCGCGCCCCCCGCCCUACGCCGGUCGGGACUCUGCGGCUGUGGCCGCCCCGGAGCCCCGUGAGCCGAGGGCCGAGGCGCGGUGGCUGGACGCAGAGGGUCCGUGCCAGCGCGCCGCGCCCGUGCCGGUCCCCGCACCGCCGCAGGUCGCGUCCGUGAGUAGCGGCUUUGCGGGCUUGGAGUUCACUCUGCCGCAAGAGCUGCAGGCCGCGAACCCAGGGACUCCAGGCACUUGGGCGGGGAGGGCGGCGGGGCAGCGGACGCCUUCGGCGCAAAUCCCCGUGCCAGCGCAAAGAGCCCCCCCAGGAAAAGCUCGGUUGGAUGAGGUCAUGGCUGCCGCGGCCCUUACAAGCCUAUCCACCAGCCCCCUCUGUCUGGAGGCCCCAGCUGCAGCCUCCAGCCCAGAGCCUGGCCUGGAUGCCUGGAAGGAGGGUCUGUCACAGCCACCAGGCAGCUACAGCAGCAGCAAUAACAGUGGAGACUGGGGCUGGGACCUGGCCAGUGACCAGUCCUCCCCCCCCACCCCAUCACCUCCACUGCCCCCUGAGACAGCCCACUUUCUGUUUGGGGAGCCCACUCUCAGGAAGAGGAAGAGCUCCGUCCAGGUCAUGUUCCAGUGCCUGUGGAAGAGCUGUGGGAAGGUGCUGAGCACAGCAUCCGGGAUGCAGAGACACAUCCGCCUGGUGCACCUGGGCAGCAGACAGGCAGAGCCAGAACAGAGCGACGGUGAGGAGGACUUCUACUACACAGAGCUGGACGUUGGUGUGGACACACUGACUGACGGGCUGUCCAGCCUGACUCCUGCAUCCCCCACAGCUGCGAUGCCACCGGCCUUCCCCCAUCUGGAGCUGCCAGAGCUGCUCAAGCCCCCAGCCCUGCCCAGCCUGCUGCAGCCCCUGGCCCUGGCCCUGGCCCCGCCCCCCCUGCUCAGCUCUGUAGCUCCCCCACAGCUGUGCCACAGUAACCAUGCCUACCAGGUGGGUGAGCGCACCGGUGGUAGCUGGGAGCAGGUCUCAGGGCGCUGUGGAGAUGAGCAAGGUCCGGGCUGCAGUUCCCCCCAGGACUUCGUGGCACCCAUCCACCUGGAGCUGCGGGCCACUGAGGUCCGGGCCUGUGCGCCAGCCUUGCCUUCCAAGCUUGGUGCCAAUCUAAGGAAGCCCCGUGGUGAUGCCAAGAAGUGCAGGAAGGUAUAUGGCAUGGACCACCGGGACCUGUGGUGCACAGCAUGCCGCUGGAAGAAAGCCUGCCAGCGGUUCCUGGACUGAGUCCUACCCACUGGUGCUGCUGCCCAGCUCCCACCUCACCCCAGCCCAACUGGACAGCUCUGAGGGUGCCCCUGAGUCCAGGCCUUUUCUGGCUCUAGGGUCUACUAUUCUCAUUUGGGAGGGGCUGGGGAGUCGUUGGUCCUGGACUCCCAGAGAUGUGGGCAGGGUCCUGCCACUCAAAGUGCCUCUGAAGAAACCAGCUUUUUGCACUAAAGCCAAACCAUACCGCUGCCCCCUUGGCCCCAGGGGUUCUGCCCUCCUGGAUACCCCACAGAUCUGUCGAGGACGUCAAUGGGCCCAGCUGCAGGGGCCAGUCCGACACGCACUUUGAGGGGUGUCAGCGAGGGAGCUCUCCCACCCGCACAGUGCGAUGGCUGGAGGGCCCUGGGGCUGAUGUUUUAGCAUGUUCGUGAAGCUCAGGUAUCUCAUGUCUGGGCCCUACCAGGUGAGAAGAAUUAAACAUUUGGGGUUUUUCCAGAAGCCGAGUCUGCCUCUUGGGGGGAAGAAAUGGGAUUUGAGUCCUGUGGUGGGCAGGGCUGGUAGGAGGACAGUAACAAGCCACCGGCUGGGACUUGCCCUGGGGCUGCCUUUACCCAGGGUGAGGCCCGGGGAGAGACUGGUCUGAAACACAAGAAGCGCCUGCUUGGAGCAGCAACGUCCUGAUUUAUUGAAAGGGAUCGCUUUGCAAGAAUGUUCUAUGCUAACCCGUCACAGAAAGGAAACCCGCAGGCAGGCUGGGAGCACACCUAGGCAGACAAGAAACUGCAAGACCCACUAGAGGGGGUGACCUUGACCUGUCCCGUGGCCACAGCAAAGCAGGACGGCAGCCGUGAUUGCCCACUGACUGAUUACAAAGCCCCCCUCCCCAAAUAUUAACACAUCUUCAUACAAACACAGGUUUAUAAUAAUUAAUAUAAAGUCAGUAUAAUAUAGAUUAUCCUCAGAAAAGAUCAACAGUCUUCAAACACUGCCCUUUUUUGUCAAUUCUGGUUUUGUUGACAGGUUGAAAGCAUGUUGAAAAAAUAAAUAUUUAAGAAAAGCCCACACAGCAGCCUUACUACAAGUGGCUCUAAAGGGUGGCAUAUGAAACACAACAGGAUCUAAAAAAUGAGAGACCACCAUUUCAGUAUGGCUUUCUGAAGUUGCACGUGUCACAGAAUGAGCCAAAGUAAGAUUACCUUUCAUAAUAUUGCAAAAAAGUUCCAGUUUUUGUGUUUUUUCAGUUUUCUAAGAAGGAAGAUGUGCAAAGUUGAAGCAUAGCUGUGUCUUUUUGAGUCAGGUCCCUGUGGAGUCCUGGCAGUGUCCUGGUUCCCCAAACCCAGAGUCCAAAUGCACAACCUGGUCAGGAUCCAAAGCAUAAUACAAAAAUCACGGUUUCCCUGCCCCUCAGCAACACCCCCAUAACUGUAUUUUCCACUUUGGUGUUGCAAACACCAAAAUACAGAUACAAACAAAAAAAUACAAAAUGUGAAAUGUAAUCUACACGUUCUUCCUCUUCAUAAAAAAAUAUUUAUUAGUUUGAACAUUGAUUUAAAAAAAGUCACUUAAAAAAAAAAAUCACGUGUCCUCCGUGCCUCCUCAGGUGGCCGCGUUCGCCUGGGUCUUGGAGAUUCCUCGAGCUUCAAUUCACAAACGGGAGCAACAAACCUGCCACACAGCAGACACUUGGGGGUGGGGUGGGGCUGGGACCUCGGGUUCCAGUGCAGCACUGGAUCAAGGAGUUGCCUCCGAGGCACUGGCAAGGCAGCCCCAGAAAGGCCAGCAGAGGUGGUGUGGAGGGCUGGGAGAGACAUCCUGAGUGCAUAGGCAGCAGGGCCUGGGGGUGCGCGCCCGAGACGCCAGGGGGUGGUACAAAAUCAGAGACACCGGUAGCAAAGGUGUGGUUUCCAAAUGUGUUUUAUAAGAAAGUAAGUCUGUUUAGAAAAGGUGUUUAAAAAGCGGGAGGAAAGGUACAAAGUUCAGAAAGCCCUGGAAGGGGGCUUGAGGGGCUCAGCCCCGGACUCCCUCUAAGGGGCAAGCCCUGCAGCAGCCACAGUAGGGGCAGGCAACUGGAGGGCUGCCGGCCCUCUUCGGCUUAAGAACUCGCCCCGAGGAGCUCACAGCUUCCACCGAGGGGCAGCACGCAGCAAAACCCGCACCAGGCCAGCAGGGGUCCUCCAGUACGUGGGAGGAAUAGUGGCGGACUUCUUUGAAAAAUCCAAAACGGACUCCUCGCAAGGCUCAGGCCCUCUGGGACAGCACCACGCCCACAUGGGCCAGCCCUGUCCCCCCAGCAGCGGCAGGUAAGGCAGCUGGCACUCAGGGAAUGUCACCAGGGGACUCCUGGGACCUAAGUUAUGUUUUGUGGGGUUUUCCUUUUCCCACCUAGACAGAAUAGAUGUGACACAGUAAAAAAGCUGGUCAAAGCCGUUUGGCUUGUGGUCUGAAAAAAGAAACCGGAACUCUCCGACUGGCGCUGGCGCUCCGCACCCUGCAGCCCUGCACAGCUCGGCGCUCACUCAGGCGGCAGCCCGCGCCGCGCCUGGCCUGCAAGAUGGCAGCUCGGGGUCCGUCCUGCAGGCCGAGGGGAGCCGACUCCACAGCACUGAGCUGGCAGCACACAGCGCGCCCGAAAGGGAACCUUCACUCAGGAAAGCACAGAACAUGGGGCGAGACCGUUCAAAACGAAAGCAAGAGGACAACACGCUAAAA